AUGCUCUGUCAGAGAAGCUGUGCUGCUGCUGCUCAAGGAGAGAAGUCUGGGGAGGCGAUUCAAGUCAUGGUUUCUUUAUUGGCAGAUGAGUCCUCAAUGGUCAAGCAAGCAUCCAUAGCUUCUCUGAUGGACAUCACUUCCUCGCUUCCUCCCCAUUACAUGGUAAAGCUUGCUGAAGUUGCCACUUCUGAGGUCAUCUCACCGAAGCUUGGCACAAUAAAAGGCUAUAUUUCAUUGGUUGAAGCUGUGAUGCUGUUGCUUGAGGAGAGAGUUAUGGGGGCUCGUAAAGCUCUUUCGGAGGUGAAGGCUGACACAGUCUGUCUGGCAGAGUUACGGGCCGUCUGUGAAAAG